CCGACUCGCACCUCUCCCUCCUACCCUCAAUCCCCGUCUUAAGCAGCGGCGAACACACGCGCGCCGUCGCCACCACCAUCCAACGCGCCCGCCAUGUUCAGACCCGGUCCCUCAGCCGUCCGCCUCUCCGCGCAGCUCAGACGGGCCCUCGCGACACAUGCAGCGCCCCCAACGACACCCCCGACGCGUCAUUCGUACACGAAGCAGGAGAUCCAGCAAAUAUACGACACCCCGCUGAUGGAACUCGUCUUCCGGGCCGCUUCCGUGCACAGGCAGCACCACGAUCCGAGCAAGAUCCAGCUAUGUACCCUGAUGAACAUCAAGACGGGCGGGUGCUCCGAGGACUGCUCGUACUGCUCGCAGUCCUCACGCUACGCCACGCCGACCAAGGCGUCCCGUCUCGUUGACAUCGAGCCCGUCCUCGAGGCCGCGCGGAAAGCCAAAGAGAACGGGAGCACGCGCUUCUGCAUGGGCGCCGCGUGGCGGGACCUCUCCGGGCGCAAGCGCGGGUUCGAGCGCAUCCUCACGAUGGUCAGCGAGAUUCGGGGCAUGGGCAUGGAGGUGUGCACGACGCUCGGGAUGCUGAGCCCCGAGCAGGCACGGAUGCUCAAAGAAGCCGGCCUGACUGCGUACAACCACAACCUGGACACCUCACGCGAGUACUACCCCGAGGUCAUCAGCACCCGCUCGUACGACGACCGCCUCGACACCAUUUCCGCUGUCCGGGAUGCGGGGAUCAGUGUUUGCUCGGGCGGCAUCCUCGGGCUGGGCGAGUCCGACAAGGACCGCGUUGGCCUCAUUUGGGAAGUCUCGAACAUGCCAGAACACCCCGAGUCGUUCCCUGUAAACGCCCUCGUGCCGAUCAAGGGUACGCCGCUCGAAGAUAAUGAGCCCGUGCCGUACCAAACCAUUCUUCGUACGAUCUCCACGGCGAGGAUCGUAAUGCCAGCGACUAUCAUCCGCCUGGCGGCCGGGAGGCAGACGCUCGACGAGACGCAACAGGCAAUGGCCUUCAUGGCGGGCGCCAACGCCGUGUUCACUGGUGAACAAAUGCUCACGACGCCCUGCUCGCCGUGGGACGAAGAUAAGGCGAUGAUGGGGCGCUGGGGGCUCGAGGGUAUGCGCAGCUUCGAGCAGUCUGGGGUGGCCCGGAAAGAAGGGGCGAGGCUGGAAGCGCGUUCGGAGGCGCAGGGCGUAGCGCCCGCAGAGGUUACUUCGAACCUCGCGACCGCCCCCAGCGCCUGAACACAUGAAAUAUCCCGACGGCAUUAAACCUUUUGGCUCUUUGUCCGGCUCCGCGUCUUCGGUUUUAAGCCACGAGAUGUGGUGUGGCUGGCGGCGACCAGGAGGACUUACCACAUAAAUACGUGUAUCGAUGGCAGAACGGCGUGGUAGCGUGGAAGUGGAGAAGCUAGAUAGAGCGGUAGUCCACCGGUCGCGAGCGAGGGCUCCCGCCGGGUACCGAGGUGUAUUGCUAGUUUGUUUGAUAAAUUGGGGGCGUGCGUGCGAUUUGCGCAUGGCGAUCUGCCAACCUC